AUGCGAGCUUGGGGAGGCUUCAGUCGCCGUAGCGAACGUGAGUUUGCAUCACGUCCUCAUCCCACAGCCACAAUGCAGAACAUCAUCACCCUUGCCCUUGCGGCCGGCGCUCUGGCCUCUGCCAUGCCAGAAAAGAUACAGACCACCUUCGUUGACCACUACAACGAUCUUCGCGCCAACCGUCCAUAUGGCGGUGCCAUUGUCGCUGAGAACCGCUUCCCCAACGGCACCCAGUCCGUCGUCCCACACACCGAGCCCAAGUUCGCUAAAGAAACCACCAAGCUCGACUUCUUCCAGCUCGGCAGCACCACUUUCAACAGCUUCAUCCAGCUCGUACGUGGCCCAGGCGUUGCCUCCUUCGACCUGAACAGCCUCUACUACGCCCUCGCCGUCGAUGAUGUCUCGACCGCCACUUACGCUUUCGCUCCGGAGUCUUUCAAUGAGGCGCCGUUCGCCUAUGCUCAGCUGCCUGUUGACUACACCAGGCUGCAGAAUAUUAGCAUCGGCGUUGCGGUUGGGUUUACUGCUACUGAGAGGACCGCGUUGGUUAUUGAUGAUGUUGCGCACACUAAUUUCAUAUAG